GAUGGAUGCCCUGCAACUGGCAAAUUCAGCUUUUGCUGUUGACCUGUUCAAACAACUGUGUGGAAAGGAGCCAGUGGACAAUGUGCUCUUCUCUCCAAUCUGCCUCUCUACCUCUCUGUCACUUGCUCAAGUAGGCACCAAAGGUGACACAGCAAAUGAAAUUGGACAGGUUCUUCACUUUGAAAAUGUCAAAGACGUGCCCUUUGGCUUUCAAACAGUCACUUCGGAUGUCAACAAACUUAGUUCUUUUUACUCAUUGAAACUAAUCAAGCGACUGUAUGUGGACAAAUCUCUGAACCCUUCCACGGAAUUCAUUAGUUCUACAAAGAGACCUUAUGCAAAGGAAUUGGAAACUGUUGACUUCAAAGAUAAAUGGGAAGAAACCAAAGGCCAGAUCAAUGACUCAGUUAAGGAGCUCACAGAUGGUCACUUUGAGAACAUUCUAGGUGACAGUGUAAAUGACCAGACCAAAAUCCUUGUGGUAAAUGCUGCCUACUUUGUCGGAAAGUGGAUGAAGAAAUUUCCCGAAUCAGAAACAAAAGAAUGUCCUUUCAGAGUCAACAAGACAGACACCAAGCCAGUGCAGAUGAUGAAUAUGGAGGCCACGUUCUGUAUGGGGAACAUUGAGGAUAUUAACUGUAAGGUCAUAGAACUUCCUUUUCAGAAUAAGCACCUCAGCAUGCUCAUUCUGCUGCCCAAGGAUGUGGAGGACGAGUCAACGGGCCUGGAGAAGAUUGAAAAACAGCUCAACUCAGAGACACUGUUGCAGUGGACAAAUCCCAGCACCAUGGCCAACACCAAAGUCAAACUCUCCAUUCCAAAAUUUAAGGUGGAAAAGCAGAUUGAUCCCAAAGCUAGUCUGGAGAACCUAGGGAUGAAAACAAUCUUUGAUGAAAGUACCUCUGAUUUUUCUGGAAUGUCGGAAGCCAAGGGAGUGGCCCUGUCACAUGUCAUUCACAGAGUGUGUUUAGAAAUCAAUGAAGAUGGUGGGGAGUCUAUAGAGGUGCCUGGCUCACGGAUCCUACAGCACAAGGACGAGUUCAAUGCCGACCACCCGUUUAUUUACAUCAUUAGACACAACAAAACUAGAAACAUCGUUUUCUUAGGCAAGUUCUGUUCUCCUUAG